ACUGUUUUGAUAAGGAUGCCCAAUCCUGCUUACUACGCUUUUUUGGCACUUUUAGCUCUUACGCUAGAAAUUAACUCAGCUUUUUCAGCGCGAAUAGCUGGUUUCCAUACUACAGGAGGAUCACAGUACAUAAACACCAGAAACAUUCUAGAAGAGUUAGCAACUCGUGGACACGAGGUUGUAAUGGUUGUUCCAUCAUCUUUUGAUAAAAUCAAGCCGAGUAAGAAGGUACCUCACAAGAUUUACCAAGCACCUUAUAAACCAGGCUUCUUAGAAGAUACAGUAAUACCCCUUGAACUGGAAGGAAAAAUGAUGGAGGUACUUUUCAAGAUGAGCAAGAUUCAGGAAACAUUAUGUGAAAGUGCACUAAACUCCACUGAAGUUCUCAAGGAAUUGAAAAACUAUGAUCUUAUCAUCUAUGAUAGCGGAGCAUUCUGUGCGGCGUUAAUUGGUGAACUCCUCAAGAUUCAGCGCAUUGAGCUGUUCCCUUACCCCCCUAACAGUCCAGAUGCCUUUUAUCACAUGAUACCCUCGCCAAUUUCUUAUGUUCCUCAACUUCCUACGGGAUUUACUCAUAAAAUGACUUUCAAGGAGCGUUUGAUGAAUCUGGGAUCAUACAUUGGCGAGAGACUGUUUUUGAGCAUAGUCUAUAACAGACCAAUGAAUGCUCUAAAAAUGAGAUACAACAUUACGCCUGAAAGAAGCUUUGAGGGGGCUGUUGCUGAUGUAGAACUACUUUUAAUCAUGGCAGAUUUUGCACUGGAAUACCCACAACCUCUGUUGCCAGGUCAUGUUAUGGUUGGACCACUAAAUGUCAAAGAUACUCAACCCCUCCCCCCUGAUUUAGAAGAGUUUGUCAAUAAUUCAGGGGGUCAUGGUUUUAUUAUUGUUUCCUUUGGUUCAAUGGUGGCUUCAAUCCUUCCAAGAGAGAAAGUGGAUAUGCUAGCUGAUGCAUUUGGAAAACUGAAACAAAAAGUUGUGUGGAGACUUAAAGGUUAUAUCCCAUCCUCCCUUAAAGCAAACAUCAAAGCAGUUCAAUGGUUACCUCAGAAUGAUCUCUUAGCACACAAGGACAUCAAAGCUUUUGUCUCCCAUGUGGGACAUAACAGUUUGUAUGAGUCAGCAUACCAUGGGGUCCCUGUGGUAGCCUUUCCAUUGGGUGGAGACCAGGAUAGCAAUGCUAAGAAAGCUGAACAUUUUGGCCUUGGUUUAAUUGUUGAUCAUAAAAACUGCAGUACGCAACAACUGUUUGAAACAAUUGAGAAAGUUGUAGGGGAACCACGAUUUAAAACAAAAGCAAUGCACAUCUCUGGGCUUUUGAAGGAUCAUCCUUACACACCUCUACAAGAAACCUGCAACUGGAUUGAGUAUGUAGUCAGACAUGGUGGAGCCAGACACCUCAGAGCUCAAGUGUUUGACAUUCCUUGGUACCAGUACUACUUACUUGACGUCAUAGCUUUCCUUGUUACUAUAGUAACCUUAGUUGUCCUGGUGAUAAGAUUCAUAUGUAAGUGUUUGUGUAGAGUGUGCUGUAAAAAGGGCGACACCAAACCCAAGAAGGAGUAAAACUGUGCUCUAUGUUGUGAUGUUAUGUGACGCUUCCUCUGAGUGUUAAGUGAAAUUUCAACCCACUCAUUUCAGCACGUAACGUUUUUAUACUGUAUUAUGACACUUUGGGACAUAAUCUUUAACAAAUUAGUAAUAUUAGGUCAUGUGAUGAUAUGGAAGAAAAAACUAGAUAUGGUUUACUCCUUCAGUAUCGCCAACUAGAAUUUAGAAUUUUUUUUCAUGUAUUUUAAGAAUAAUAGUUAUAGUGUAUGGUAUUUAUCAAAUGAUGUAUUUAUUUGUUGAUGCAUUAGAAUUGACAAUUGAGAUGUACACCAAGUAUUUAACUGAAAGUAUUGUUAUUAACCAGAGCCUCAAAGGCAAAACUUGCUGUUGAAGUUCAUGAAUUAUAAAAAGACAUUUGUCAGAAAUUGAGCAAUUUUCGGUCAAAUUCUGUGCACCUAUGAUUAUUAGUUUUAUCACAAGUCUGCAACAUGCAGUGGAAGACCAUAUGCAGACACAGAGGUUACAAAUUGAACUUCUUUGAGGCAGAAUGAUGUAAGAUUGCUGCUCUGGUUCAUAUCAUAUGACCUGUGAAGGCAUAAAUAGUACAUGCAUUAUGUAUGCUUACUUGCUACAGAACCUUGAUCUCCUUCUGCACAUGGCAAAUAGUUUUGUGAUUUGUUGAACUUCUUCUUUCCUGAAGCCUCUUGUAAUCAAGUCUUUAAGGAUUUACAUGCAACAGCUAAUAUUUAAGUUGUUAGAGUGAUCAAACACCAAAUUUUUGUAACAAAUUUUCAGGGAAAUGUGUAGCAGCUAGAGGGGACAAUUAACAAUCAGAUCUUGAGAGUUAAAGGGUGAAUGAGAUGAGUACAACUUGUCUAAUUACCAACACACUUUCAUUGAUACAAGUACAAAUCAAGUUUUUAAUGAUAAUUUCAAUCACACACAAUUAAAAUUUACAGCAUUAUGAACUAAAAAUACAACUAGGCAAUUGCUUAAACGAUCCCAACACCAUUUACACAAUAAUUAACCCACAGAUAUUAUAAAUAUAUAUUU